AUGAAUGUGGAUAUGAUAGAAGGGCUGGUAGAGGAAAUGUUUGAAGACAACUAUUUGGAGCAUCAGGAAGAACAAGGAGAGGAAGUGGUAGAAAUUUCUAUUGAAGACAAGAAAGAGGAUAAACCAAAACAGGUGUUGAAGCCUCUCCCUCCUCACCUCAAAUACGUGUUUCUUGGGGAAGCAGAGGCAUUACCAGUGAUCAUAAAUUCCUCCCUGAACAUGGAUGAGGAAGCAAGAUUGAUUGAAGUAUUGAAAGCUCACAAAACAGCCUUGGGGUGGACAAUUGAGGACAUCAAAGGCCUCCCUUGGCGCUCACUAUCGCAAACCCUCCGUCGAUGCUCACUCUCUCUCGCAAAACCUCAAUCGUCACUCCUCCCUCCAUGGUUCAGCACCCGCCGCGUUGCCGUCUCCCUCUCUGAAGUCGUCGCGCCGCCGUCUCCAUCUCCGUCACUCGUCGCACCUCCGUCAGCCACGUUCAGCAUUCGCAGCACCGUGGAAUUGAAACAACAAGGGAUACAAGAAGAAAGGCUGCAGCUGCUUGUUAAUGUUACUGGAGCUUUUAGGCCUGGAGUGUUGACAACAUUGGUUGGAGUAAGCGGGGCUGGAAAAACCACGCUAAUGGAUGUCUUGGCUGGAAGAAAAACUGGAGGUGUUGUGAAGUGCAGCCGCUCUGCUGGCCAUGCCGGGAAACCUGCAGUUAGAUGGACUGAGAUACAAAGCUGGUUUGAGGAUAGGCUCCAAGACUUACCAGAUGACCCUAAUAAUGAAUUGAUGAUUCCCGAAGACCCUGAAUGUAAUAAGGAAGGUGAGCUCUCUUGAAUGCCUAAGGUUCUUAGCGUAGCUUGUGCUUGUGCUUUGCUCGAGCAGUGCCUAUCACUGCUGCUUAAGUAUGCUGUAGCCAAUGUAAUUUCUGUUAAGCUAUUUUUUUUGACUAUUUUGUUGCUUUAAAAUGUCUCAUAAAAACUGAAAUUUGGUUAGUUGCAGUGGAAAUGGAUUGUGACUUAAAGCAAGCUUUAACUAAAAUGUUAGUGAUUUGAACACUGGAUUUCUUUGCUUUAGGGAAGACUUUGUCUGAUAAUUAUGACAAUUCAGUUCUGUUCAGUUCUGUUCUGUUCUGACAU